AUGAUUCAAACAAAAAUCUAUGAUACUCCAAAAGUGUCAAAAGAACUGGUGAAGGAUUUAGUUUUUAACUACAUUGUUGACGAAAUGAAACCUCUAGCAACAUGUGAAAAACCAUCAUUCAAACGGUUGAUUCGAGGCCUUACAUCAGAUUCUAUUGUACUUCCAUACAGAAAAGCUCUUGUCAGUGAACUAAACCAUAAAUAUAAAGCUUAUGUAGAAAUGUUAACUGGAUUUAUUGAAAAACAAAGUUAUGUGUGUGUUACUGCUGAUAUUUGGAGUUCCAACAAUAAGAGCUGUUUAGGAAUGACUUGUCAUUUUAUCGAUGAACUUAACUACAGUAGGUAUUCUUAUAUAUUAGCUUGCAGGCGUAUAAAAGGAAAUCAUACUUAUUUAAAUAUUGCCAAAGUAAUCAAAGAAAUAAUGCUGGACUUUAAAAUUGAAAAUGAAAAAGUUACCCAUGUAGUUACUGACAAUGCCUCAAAUUUUGGCAAGGCAUUUCGUACAUUUUCAAAACAAUUUAAUGUGACUGAUACACAUAUUUCUGAUUCAAAUUAUUUAGGCUUAAUAAGUAGUGAUGACUCAGAUAGCGAUGUUAACAUAAGUAGUGAUGAUGAUGUAAAUGAUUCUAAUCUUGAAUUUUAUGUUGUAGAUUUGUCUUCAUUGAUGUUAAAUCAUAAAGAAACAAUUACUAAUACAAUGUCUCUACCAAGUCAUUUAACAUGUUCAGCACACACGUUAAAUCUAAUAGCUUCAGUUGAUACUGCCAAAAUAGUUGAUCAAGCCUAUAAUUCAAUUUCAAAAAUUACAUUUAAAAAUCUAUCAUCAUUUUGGAAUCUUCUUAGUCGAAGUACUGUAGUCUCAGAUAAAGUUUUUGAUUUAUGUAGUUGUAAAUUUCCAGUUCCUAAUUUGACAAAAUGGAAUUCUAUGUAUGAUGCUGUACAUAAAGUAGUUACAAAUAAACAGAAUUUAGUCUUGGUGUUUAAUGAGUUAAAAAUGAAAAAAAUGAAAAAAAAUGAAUGGAGUUUUUUAGAAGAAUAUUGUAAGGUGAUGGGCCCCUUGCAAUAUCAUCGGAUAAAUUGCAAGGUGAAAGGUCUUGUCAUUUAG